GUGAGCGGAUUGCAACACAUGCAGCUGCCUGGAGAGAGGGAGCCGGUGUCCUACGUCAGAGCCGCCGCCGCGGAGCCGCCGCCGGGGAGGAGCAGCCGCUGCCGCCCAGGACUGGGCCCUUAGGGAGGAGGAGGCGAGAAGAUGGCGGACGACCCCAGUGCUGCCGACAGGAACGUGGAGAUCUGGAAGAUCAAAAAGCUCAUCAAGAGCUUGGAGGCGGCCCGCGGCAAUGGCACAAGCAUGAUAUCGUUGAUCAUUCCUCCCAAAGACCAGAUUUCACGAGUGGCAAAAAUGUUAGCAGAUGAGUUUGGAACUGCAUCUAACAUUAAGUCACGAGUAAACCGCCUUUCAGUCCUGGGAGCCAUUACAUCUGUACAACAAAGACUCAAACUUUAUAACAAAGUACCUCCAAACGGCCUGGUUGUUUACUGUGGUACAAUUGUAACGGAAGAAGGAAAGGAAAAGAAAGUCAACAUUGACUUUGAACCUUUCAAACCAAUUAAUACGUCAUUGUAUUUGUGUGACAACAAAUUCCAUACAGAGGCUCUUACAGCACUACUUUCAGAUGAUAGCAAGUUUGGCUUCAUUGUAAUAGAUGGUAGUGGUGCACUUUUUGGCACACUCCAAGGAAAUACGAGAGAAGUCCUGCACAAAUUCACUGUGGAUCUCCCAAAGAAACAUGGUAGAGGAGGUCAGUCAGCCUUGCGUUUUGCCCGUUUAAGAAUGGAAAAGCGACAUAACUAUGUUCGAAAAGUAGCUGAGACUGCUGUGCAGCUGUUUAUUUCUGGGGACAAGGUGAAUGUGGCUGGUCUCGUUUUAGCUGGAUCAGCUGACUUUAAAACUGAACUAAGUCAAUCUGAUAUGUUUGAUCAGAGGUUGCAAUCAAAAGUUUUAAAAUUAGUUGAUAUAUCUUAUGGUGGUGAAAAUGGAUUCAAUCAAGCUAUUGAAUUAUCUACUGAGGUCCUCUCCAACGUGAAGUUCAUUCAAGAGAAGAAAUUAAUAGGGCGAUACUUCGAUGAAAUAAGCCAGGACACGGGCAAGUACUGUUUCGGAGUUGAAGAUACACUAAAGGCUUUAGAAAUGGGAGCUGUAGAGAUUCUAAUAGUCUAUGAAAAUCUGGAUAUCAUGAGAUAUGUUCUUCAUUGCCAAGGGACAGAAGAGGAGAAAAUUCUCUAUCUAACUCCAGAACAAGAGAAGGAUAAGUCUCAUUUUACAGACAAAGAGACAGGACAAGAACAUGAGCUGAUUGAGAGCAUGCCCCUUCUGGAGUGGUUUGCCAACAACUAUAAAAAAUUUGGAGCUACAUUGGAAAUUGUCACAGAUAAGUCACAAGAAGGAUCACAGUUUGUCAAAGGAUUUGGUGGAAUUGGAGGUAUCUUGCGGUACCGAGUAGAUUUCCAGGGAAUGGAAUACCAAGGAGGAGAUGAUGAAUUUUUUGACCUUGAUGACUACUAGGUAGUCGACAUGGGUCCGGCAAAACGUGCCUCACCCUCCAGCAUCCAACCCAAGGAGCAUACCCGUGGUGGAAUCCAAACAGAUCCCUGCCUUACAAUUGGAACAUUUCCAGAACUUGAUCCAUGAGCAUUGGAUAUUGAAAAGAAAACCGAAACAAAACCAGACCCAGCCCUACACUUUGGUUUGUCAUGGUGUCAGCGCAGCAGCCUACAACUAGUUCCUAAAUGCCACUUUGGACUAAUUUAAAAAAGAAUCCCAGUUUUUACUUUUACUUGAUGGUGAAAUUGGUUGCUCUUGUAUUUUAUGGGAAAAAAAGAUUUUUUUAACCUUCAUACAUAGAAGCAAAAAUACUUUAACUGCUGUAAACCUUCAAAAGUUAAUAGAAAUGAGAUAUACUGGUUUGUUUAUUUUGAUUGGAGAAAAAUUAAAUUGCUGCAUUUCGCAGUGACCCAUUUACAUGGCAUUCUCAGCUUAGACUGCAUAAGAAGAAAUAUAUGUGGUGAAAUGUUGGAACCAUUUCUCUCUCGGUCUCUGUUUAAUGUCGAAAGGGUGAGCUAACAGGCAAUUUCAACUUCACUCCCUCACACUACCCGUCCCCUCCAGGCUGUCAGUUUCAAGGAUGCAGAUUGCAUUGCAAAGAUAAACUGACACAUGAAGCAUGUAGGCCACUGCUCUGUUUCCUUCCAUCUGUUUUGCAGGUGCAUUUGCGCCCAGAGUUUGGGAGCCCUUAGCAUCAACUGCUUUGACAAGGGUUCACAUAAUCUUGCAUACCAGAAACCAGUUUGGGAUGGAUAUGAUGGGACUUCUAUGCUAUUGCUGGAAUUGGGAGAAAUAAAACAUGCAAUUUAAGUGGAAGCAAAGACAUUUAAAUAUUUUAUUUUGCUUGGGUCUGUCCUUGCAAAAGGGAGGUGGUCGUGUUUUCCUUGUGUUGGAUGGCAUGAGAUUAUGUGAAUGUUUUGAUUUUUAAAAAAUGAACUGCAAGGUUUUUCACAGGAACGACAGACGAGACAUGUAUGACUGUGCAUGUAAUUGUAAACCCCUGACCUCCUGGUGGGGUUGGAGCAUCUGUUUCAAAUAUGGGACUUACAAGCACCUCUCA